GCGAGGGCAGCAGCGCCGCACUUCCCGGGCCCGCGCGGAGGGCGGACAAGAUGGCGGCUCCCAUGGAGCUGUGCUGCUGGGGAGACGGUUGGGGGCUGCCGUCCCCGCACCCGGAGUCUCUCAUCGUCAUGGCUUAUGCCAAAUUUUCUGGUGCUCCCCUGACAGUGAAUACUAUAAAUAACUCCUGGAGGGCCCUGAAAGUAGAUGUACCAGUCCUGCUAUCAGAAGACAUUGUUAUUUCUCAGCCAGCAAAAAUACUAAACUUCUUGAGAAAACAGAAAUACAAUGCUGAUUAUGAAUUGUCUGCAAAACAAGGAGCUGAUACACUGGCAUUCAUUGCACUGCUUGAAGAGAAACUGCUUUCUGCUCUGCUGCACACUUUCUGGGUUGAUGCUGAAAAUUACUGCAGUGUGACAAAGCCAUGGUUUGCCUCAAGGAUGCCUUUCCCACUGGGUUUGUAUCUGCCUGGAAAGAUGUCCAGGAAAGCACUGAACAGGAUCUUGCUGACCAGGGGAGCGCCUCCACUCUACAGUCUCACUGAAGUGGAGGCACAGAUAUACAGGGAUGCCAAGGAGUGCUUAAAUCUCCUGUCAAAGAGAUUGGGAACAUCUCAGUUUUUCUUUGGAGAUAGGCCUACUACCUUGGAUGCCUUUGUGUUUGGUUUCCUUGCACCGAUUUAUAAAGUGUCUUUCCCCAGAGUACAAUUACAAAAGCAUUUGAAACACCUUUCCAAUCUCUGUCGAUUCUGUGAUGAUAUUUUAACUUGCUACUUCAGGUUAACUGUCUCAGGCCACUCUCCAGCUGGACAGGAUACAGCAGAUGCUAAUCUGCGGAAACUCACACAGCUUGUAAAUAAGGAAUCCAACUUGAUUGAAAAGGUUACUUUUGCUUCAGUCUCUAAUUUUCCUGCUUCAUUGUUGUUACUUGGUCACAGAUGGAUGACAACCUUCGUAAGAGUCCUCAGCAUCCCCCUCGAAAGCUAACAACUCUCAAGCUUGCUGCAGGUGGAGAACAAAGCAGUCCACUGAACCGUUUGUCACCUUGACAGCUUUUGUUGCCCAUACACGUAUUUGCCUUCAACUCUUCUGAGCGUCACAGUUAAUUUUUUCACAUGAAUGUUGUUUUGCAAGGGAAGAAUCUGCUAAUGGGUACAAGUAGGGAAGAAGUGCAGCUUUACAAUCUCCUAGCUACCUGUUGUUUUAAGAAACGGUGUAGUUCAGGCUGACCACACACUAAGCUGAGGCUAAAGUAAACAAGGCUUAUUCCUGCCAGAUGUUAAAGUGAUUUUGUACAGCAUAUUUUUGCCUUUAGCACAGCAGAAAUGUUGACCAAAUGUUAAAAUUCCACUUAAGGAAUGUCCACCAUUAUUUUACGUUGUGGCUUUCGAUUUUACUGUAAUCAUGUUACUAUUUGUGAGUGAGUAUACUCUCAUAUGCGUCUGAAAAUUACAAAGCCCAGUUGCAAAAUCAGUGAAAACAGUGGGAAAAAACCCAAAAUUUGCCCUUCAUGGCAGCUGAGAAAUGAAAAGCAUUUUCAUGCGAAUGAAAGGAAGUUAAAUAUUUGUUAUUGUACUUCCAUGAACACUCUUGGGUCUUGUGUUCUAAGGUUGUUUUUUUGAAAGCUUGUCAUGUUGUCCUUGGAGGCAGUUUGUUGAAAAGUGUGUGCCCUGUGGGGAGUACAAUGUUGUAAAUACUAACAUUUCCCAGGUACCUGAUAUUAGGCCUGUGUGAAACUGACUUAACCUGCGCACAGGGUAAUACCACAUGCUGCAAAACUGUUAAGUCAAAAUCACAGAGGAUUGGUACUGAGAUGGAGAGAUUUAGCUCCUGUCAGGGCAAGAGACUUGACUAGUAAACAUACUGUGGCUCUGGAUUGAAAGGAACUGGUUAGGGCUUUAAAAAGAAAUCUGAUGUAGGCUUCUAAAUUUGUCACAGAUGCCUUUAAAUUACUUUUUUCCUUUUUUUUUUAACAGGUUUUUUCCUACAGGACAUUCAAAAACUAAAAGUCCAAAUUUUUGUUGUUUGACAGUCUAGUGCAGAGUUCUUUUAUCUCUGCAGACUGGAAUACAUUGCAGCAUGUUUUUCUUCUGUUUAAUUAAGGGACUUGUGUCUCACUAUGUUCCCUCUGAGCAGCAGCCUUACCAGUUCUAGAGACCCCAGCAAUUUGAGAGAGAUGCUGUAAUUCUUGUGCUGUGAGAUGCUUCGUGAGAGGGUGUAAUGGGAAUUAGUCAAGGAGAUUGACCAGAAUCUGGCACCACUGGGGAUACACAGCCAUCAGAAUUUUGUAUAUGAGAUGGCUCUUCUGUUUUUUUUUCCUUUUUGGGCCAAAUCGAGAUAGUCUUUCAGCUUCCCUUCAGCUACUAGUCAUGUUUGAGAUACAAAGAUAAAUUAUUUUCUAUUUAUACAGACAAGACUGUAGAUUGUGUAUAUAUUGUACUCUCAGACUUGAUAUGUAAGGAAUGUAAUAUCUUUAAAAGUUCUAAAUUAUAAUUGAAGGGUUAGGUUUCUAAUGAGCACUUUAAAAUAAUGUUUAAGCUUCAUGCUUUUAGUAGUGAACCAUGUUUCAGUGAUUUGAAAUUAAUCUAGCUCGUACUCAUGAUAGUUUUGUAAGCUGACAGUCCACUACAUGUAAAAGUAAGUAAAAUUAUUUUAAACUUUUGCUUUCUGUAUCUUGACAAGGUUUAAAUGACGUCAAGUCACAUGGGUUUUGAAAUGUUAAUUUAGAAACAUGGCUGUGGAGACUAUGCCUUAGUUUGUUGCUUUUGUGAAUAUGUACACUCAAUCUUUAAAAUCUCUUUGUAAAACGGUCGUUGUUCCAAGAUUAAAAUUUUGGUUUUUCAGUGGA